GGCUGUGCAGUGGCUCAGGGUCUGUGAGCCACCGUGGGAGGCCGCAGGACACAGGGUCACCAUGGGGAUAGCCACCCAGGGUCCUCUCUGGGCUGCCCUCCUGCUCCCUCUCUUGGUGUUUGGGGUCCCCACAGAGGAGCCCACCUCUGGGGAGGUUGUAGCCUCCACCUCCCAGAGGGGCUGCCAACGGUGCUGUGACUCCCUGGCCCCUGCUGAUGCUGCAGAUGUGUCCCCAGCCUCUUCCUCUGCCCUCCCGUACAUCUUGCCUGAGGUCAGGCCCUACAUUAACAUCACCAUCCUGAAAGGUGACAAAGGGGACCGAGGUCCACUGGGUGCACCUGGGAAGCUGGGCAAGGAGGGUUCCCGAGGGGACCGUGGCCCACAGGGCACCAAAGGCUCUAAGGGGCAGGCGGGCAGCCCGGGUGCCCCGUGCCAGACGCGCUCCUCGGCCUUCUCCGUGGGCCGCAAGACGGCCCUGCACAGCAGCGAGGGCUUCCAGCCGCUUAUCUUCGAUACAGUCUUCGUGAACCCUGACAGGCACUUCGACAUGGCCACCGGCCACUUUGUCGCCCCCCUGCACGGCCUCUACUUCUUCAGCCUCAACGUGCACAGCUGGAACUUUAAGGAGACCUACGUGCACGUCAUGCACAACGAAGCGGCGGCCGUCAUCCUGUACGCGCAGCCCAGCGACCGCAGCAUCAUGCAGAGCCAGAGUGUCAUGCUGGCCCUGCUGCCUGGCGACAGGGUCUGGGUGCGGCUCUUCAAGCGUGAGCGUGAGAAUGCGGUCUACAGCGAUGACGUCGACACCUACAUCACCUUCAGCGGCCACCUCAUCAAGCCCGAGGAUGACUGAGUGCCUCGAGGUCACCCUUACAGCUGGGCAGGUCCCAUCC